ACGCACGCGCUCCGCUACCGCGAUUCAAAUAUCGAACUCAGUAACGGGAAGCGAAACUUUUUUUAAACUUUAAAUUUCGAAUCUCAGAUUUAAAAAGAGUGUGAUUUUUUUCUUUAUUUAAAAGUUGUGGUGGCUACGUACUUAACAGUUUAACGACACAUAUUAUUUUAAUUUGACUUAUUUGUUAAUAUAAAAAAACGUACUUAUUUGACAUACGUAAAAAUAAGCCAAGUGAUUAUAAAUAAAAUUUUAAUAUUAUUUAAAAAAGAAGGUACUUCUUACUUAAAAAAUAUUGACAAAAAUAUUUUAAAACUGGUGCAAUAAUUUUAAGAUUAAUUAUACGCACAUUUAAAAAAGUGAUAUAAAAACUGUGAUAAUAAAAUUUUGUGACCAAACUACAAAGUGGUUUAAAAAUUUUAAACUUUUAAAAAUAAAAUUAAAAUUGUCUUAAAAAUUGUGAAUGUGCCAGUAUCAAGUGGAACUUUCGUGAACCCUUAGUGAAAUCUAUCUUCACCCAGAGAAUGCAGGCCUGACCACAGUCUUUCCUAACUCCGUCAGCGCAGAGGCGCGCACGCACCAUGCUGGGUGUUCUGCCCGUGAAGUGGGUUGCCAGGCUCAAGCAUGGAGGAGUUGUCAACCAGUUCAUCAUGGCUACUAUGGUCACCAUCCCUGCUCUAAACUUCGGCAUGCUAAUGGGCUGGCAGUCCCCUAUGACUCCGAUCCUGCAAUCCAAGGAUGGGCCGGCACCGGAACCCAUCAGCGAUGAGACCAUAUCGUGGAUGGCAGCUAUAACCUUCAUGCCGCCGAUAUUCUGCGGCUUCAUGGUGGGAGACCUGGCUGAUCGGUGGGGGAGGAAGUUUACUACGCUGUUAACUGCGCUGAUGCUUGUGAUCAGCUGGACAAUAACCCUGUGCUCUCUGGCUCCGUGGGCACUGAUCACAUCGCGAGCUGUGGCGGGGCUGGCGUGCGCUGGAUGCUAUGUCGUCAUACCAUUGUACUUGAAGGAGAUAGCCUCCGACAACAUCCGCGGCGCCCUAGGUUCCCUCUUCAUCCUCUCCCAGAACCUGGGCUACCUGGUAGUCUACGUGGCUGGAGACCUGCUGUCCUUUGCAGCAGUCCUGUGGCUCUGCACUGCGGUACCGGCCAUCUUUCUCGUGGCCUUCAUUGCUAUGCCAGAGACGCCGGUGUUCUUGGUGAAGCAAGGGAAGAUUAAGGAGGCCCGUGCAGCUCUCGCUUGGCUUCGGAACACCACCACCGAUGACAAGGACUUGGAGGAAGCUAUUCAGCAGCUCGAGAGGGAAGAGGAACACGCCAGGAGUAUGAAGAAAGCCACCUGGAAGAGUAUAGUGAAAGACAAGACUACAUUCAAAGCGUUCCGGAUCUCCCUCAACGUGAUGCUCUCACAAGAAACCUGUGGCUACCUCGUAGUCCUCAUGUACGCUGGCUCCAUCUUCGAGCAGGCUUCGGAGUCUAUCAGCCUGAAGCUCAGUCCUAACAAGCAGACUAUUGUGGUGGGAGCCAUUCAGUUGCUUGGCAGUAUUGUAGCAAGUUGUAUUGUGGAGCAGACUGGGAGGAAGUGGCUUCUAGCAGGCACCUCUUUCGCCACCGGCCUCUCAAUGCUGGCACUUGGCGCGUGGUUCUAUAUCACCUCCAUGAACAUCUGGCUGCCGGGCUGGCUGCCAGUCCUCGCCAUGUGCCUGUGCAUCUUCGCUGAUGCUGCAGGGUAUCAGCCCGUGCCAUAUGUUAUUACUUCGGAGCUGUUCUCUUUCCAGCACCGAGGCAUGGUGACAUCAUUCGUCAGCUCAGUGGACGCUCUCAGCGACUUCCUCCAAACGAAAGCCUACGACCCCCUCCUCAAACUUCUAGGGAUCCACUGGGUCUUCAUCAUGUUUUCCAUGGUUUGCUUCCUGGGUACCUUCUACACCGUCAUGUGGGUGCCUGAAACCAAGGAUAAGACUGUGGAAGAAAUAUACGCUCUUCUAGAAGAUGGGAGAAAGAAGGAGAAGAGGAAAGGCAAAGAGGAUGUGGAGAAUGGAAAAGAGAUGAGUAGGUUAUAAGUUUUUUGGUAGGCUUGUCGAAUUGAAGGGCGUUUGAGUCCUAUGAUGAUGACGUUUAAUGUUUGUAACUCUACGUUUACAUGGAGACAUCACUUUUGCAGCCAGAUCGGAUUCUCGCAGCAUACGGUUUACUUAGUCGCAAUGUAAUAAAUAUGUGUAUUUUUAUAAGAGGUUGAGAUGAGUUUAUGAAGAUCUUACUGUAUCCUACAAAAAUCUGAUUUGGCUUAGUUUAUGUUAACGUACGUUUGAAUGUAACAGAGGUGACAAAAAAUGGUUGAGAAUCCGUAAAAAAAUAUCUCAGUGAUUUCCUUUAUUUUCUUGAAUGCGAAAUUGUGUGACUUUCAUUUUAAUCGACGAAGUUCCAUUUUCGCCGACAACAUAAGAAACUGGUUUUCUUAAGGUGAAAAUUACUUUAAAUUGAGCUUGAAAGUAAACAGUUUAUAAAACUGACGUUUAUGUUGUUAGCGAACUUGGGCCUUGAUUGUAAUCUUAUUAUAUGACGUAAGCUUGAAAUAUAAAAUAAUUAAGGACUGGCUGUAUUUACCACUCUACUAACAUAUGUAAAAAAAUUGAAUUGUUAAAUUAAACAGAAAAUUAAUUAAAAGU